ACCACCUGCAAAGUCUCCUCGAACGUUCUUCUACUCUCUUUUCUCCCCGGGCCGACCUGCAAAUCUCCUCCGUCUCCGUCGCACUCUGCGUCUAGGGUUCGGUCCCUUCUCGCGAUUCCGCCUCCUACCUCCCGCACCACUCUCCAUAGCGGAUUUGGGUGGUGUUGCGCUGCGGCCAUGAUGUCAUCGGACGACGACCUUGAGCCUCAGCUCAAGGCGGUGGAGAAUUACUACUUUGUAGACGACAAUGAUGUGCCCGUCUCCUUCGAUGUCCUGCCAUUCCAGUUCGAUGCGGCGGAGGAGGUCGCGUCGUUCAAAAAGGAUGUCUACCUGCGGGGGUUCACCGACGGUGGCCUCCAGAAAGUCUACAAGCAGGUGGUCGCCUGGAAGCUAGUUCUUGAUGGAGACUUGCCUGAGAUCACAGUGCUUUCGACGGAGGGCAGUUGGAUUGCCCUGCUGAAGCCGAGGCCUAGCUACGAGGAGACCAUCCGGUCUGUACUGAUCACUGUGGAAAUGCUUCACUUUGCCCGAAGGAGGCCAAUGGAUUCUGAGAAGGACCUGUGGGAUCACCUCCAUGGGGUGUUUGAGAGAUUUGAGGUUGGGCCAUCGGAAGAUGACUUUACGGAUAAUCAGAAUUUAAUAAAACUCUAUGCUCAGAGAGACUCAGAUUUUACAAAUUCACAGGUUUUCCAAGUCUUCGUGAAAGACAAGAUUAUGAAAAAUAUCAGUGAGGUUGCUUCAAAUAAUCUGGGCGUUAAACAAGAGCGGGAUGUUAAACAAGAGCUGGGCGUUAAACAAGAUUGGGAUGUUAAACAAGAGCUGGGCGUUAAACAAGAGCUGGACAUUAAACAAGAGCAGGACAUUAAACAAGAGCUGGUUGCUGAUGUUAAUGAAAUGGAUGAGAUGAUUGAAGAAGACAGCACAUAUGUACCCAACAAUGAUGAUGAUGAAGAGGAUGAGGAAGAUGGAGAUUUAUUUGAUUCAGUAUGUGCUAUUUGUGAUAAUGGAGGAGAGCUCUUAUGCUGUGAAGGUUCAUGUAUGAGGUCCUUCCAUGCAAAAAUAAGAGAUGGAGAAGAUUCUUACUGUGCAACCCUAGGGUACACAAAGGCAGAAGUUAAGGCAAUAAAAAAUUUUGUGUGUAAGAAUUGUGAGCAUAAGCAGCACCAAUGCUUUGUCUGUGGAGCCUUGGAGCCUUCAGAUGGGACAAAUGCCAAGGUCUUCCUCUGUAAUAAUGCAACGUGUGGACACUUCUACCACCCCAAGUGUGUUGCACAAUUGCUUCAUCCUAACAACAUGAAUGAGGCUUCUGAAUUGGAGAAAAAUAUUAUGGUUGGAUUUUCAUUUACGUGCCCUGUACAUUGGUGCUUUAGUUGUAAAGGCCUGGAAGAUAGGACUCAAGAACCAUUGCAAUUUGCUGUCUGCAGACGUUGCCCAAGAUCCUACCAUAGAAAAUGCUUGCCAAGGGAAAUUUCCUUUGAAGACAAUGACGCGGAGGGUAUUAUAACCCGUGCAUGGGAGCUUUCAAAAAGGAUUCUAAUCUACUGCUUGGACCAUGAAAUAGACCUUGAUAUUGGAACACCACCCAGAGACCAUCUAAGGUUUCCUCAUGUUGCAAAAACAGCUUAUUCUGUAAAGAAGAAAGUGAAAGAACUAGCUGAGAAGAAAAGACAGAUCUUUGAUGAUUCAAAUGUUCACGAACCUUUACAGAAGCGUAAGUUAAAUGAGAAGUUCAAUGCAAAAAGUGACAGAGCAAAAAAAGCUGGGGUGAAAACUUCUUUCGAGGGACAUGUUUUUGAGUCUGAAAAGAAAAAGACAAAAUACCUGAAAGAGGCAACACUGCCCGAAGCAUCUUUGGUUGAGUGUGUUGCAGCUGCUUCAAACAGUAGAGAUCAACAUAUGAAAGAACUUGAAAAGGAAUUGGGGACUUCAUCGCUUAUGGGGAAGAUACCUCAGAGCUCAUUCCCUAUUGUGGAUAGUGAAACUGAGAAGAGGGUAUUGGCUUUGGUAGAAAAGGAGGUUUCUUCCUUGACAUUGGCCGAUAUCUCUAGAAGGUGUGCCAUUCCUUCAACUUAUGCAUCCUCUGGCCAGCAGAUUGACAAAAUCAUUGUACGAGGCAAGCUUGAGCGUUCAAUUCAGGCAGUGAAAGCUGCUUUACAAAAACUGGAAACUGGAGGUGCUGUUGAUGACGCUAAAGCAGUCUGUGAAUCUGAAGUUUUAAGGCAGUUAACAAGAUGGCAUAAUAAGCUCAGAGUGUACCUUGCACCUUUUAUUCAUGGCAUGCGCUACACGUCUUUUGGACGCCAUUUUACAAAGAAUGAGAAGCUCGUUGAGAUUGUUGAGAAGCUUCAUUGGUAUGUGCAACCUGGAGAUAUGAUUGUGGAUUUCGCCUGUGGUACGAAUGAUUUCAGUCAAUUCAUGAAAGAAAAGCUUGAUAAGGUUGGCAAAAGAUGCAACUUCAAGAAUUAUGAUGUUAUUCAACCAAAGAAUUCUUUCAAUUUUGAAAAGAGGGACUGGAUGACUGUCCGUCAAAAGGAACUACCACAUGGAUCUAAACUGAUCAUAGGCCUUAAUCCUCCUUUUGGAUCAAAAGCAAUGCUUGCAAACAAAUUCAUUGACAAGGCUCUGACCUUCAAGCCAAAGCUCAUUAUAUUAAUUGUCCCUAAGGAGGCUGAAAGGUUAGAUCGAAAAAAGCAACCUUAUGAUUUGGUAUGGGAAGAUGAGCAAAGACUUUCUGGGAAGUCAUUCUAUUUACCUGGUUCUUUGGAUGUGAGUGACAAACAAAUUGACCAGUGGAAUAAAUAUCCACCCCCACUCUGUUUGUGGAGUCGCGCUGAUUGGACACAGAAGCACAAGAGAAUAGCAGAGCAGCAUGGGCAUUUCUCCCAUACCGAUGAAGAAUUGGUUUAUGUUUGUGAGGAUCAAUCUACAAAGAAUCAUGAUGUCUAUAAUAAGCAGAAAUCCACAUCUGGAAAAGGAAAAGAGGCUCACUUUAAUGGAAACAAGAAUUUCGCUGCUGGGAAACCAGUACAAGCAGAUGGCUUCCCUCCUGAAAAGCUAGUAGAAGUUGCAUACGAGGAAACAAAGGUUGUUUCUAACAGAAGUGAUAUGUAUCAAGCAGAUCAAAUUGGUGUUCAUGAUGAGGAGAGAGAUGCACAUUCGGACUUGAUGAUUUCUCGGUACAACAGUAUGAGAGCAAAGGAGGUUUCAAAUAGCUCAAGAGACAAAAGGAAGUCAGAUAAUACAGGACAUGGUGUGAAAGGAGAUUCUGAUAUGAGUAUCUCGCCCCCAGACUCUAGGAAUUAUCAACACAAAUCAAGCAACCGUGAACCUCCAUUGUCCAGUAGAAGUGUACAUACCACCUCAGAGAGAUUGGGAUAUCAUGAUAACUGUUUCAAUCAUCUUGUACAAGAGCACUCAGCAUCUAGCCUUCAGAUGUCAACCUUUGAGGACAGCUAUUUCAGACCUGUUAACGAAUAUGGAGUUGCAUCUGUAGAAAAUAACGUUGCCUUUUCGACUGAUAACGGCCCAAGAAUGUACAGUCCUGAUCUUGAGCUAACCGGGCUGUAUGCUAGUGAUCCUACUGGUAAUGCUUACGGUGCAGUAUCUGGUGGAAUUGGUGGCAGCUUUUACAGGAGGCAGGACCUCCAGGAUCACGCCCUGGGGAGUAGUGACUCUGCUCAUGUGAAUCCAGUUCCUGGAAGAGAGAUGCAGGAAAAUGCAAGAAUAUACUACGGACACAUGGAUGAGCUUCCACAAACAUCAAUGAACACACCUUCCAUGGAUAUUCGAACACAGAUAAGAAUGUACGGCGCUGGGCACAUCAGGGAUGAUCCUGAUAUUCGAGCACAGAUAAGAAUGUAUGGUAGAUACAGUGGCUCUGAUCAUCAGCAUGCAAGCAGAUACUCUUCUCGAUCUCCAGACGCUAUCGCAUCCAGAUUUGAGCAACCUGCUUUAACUUCAUAUGGAAUGCCAACUUUAGGUUCAACAGGGAGGUCAGUGAUAGAUAGGUAUGGUCCUCCUAUCGAUGAAACAAACUAUAGAACUGGCCAACGAGGCCCAUACAGUGCUCCAGACUUUCGCAGGGAUCGGCAUCCUGACACACAGAAUUUUGCUGCUUCUUCCCACAAGCAGCAUCCUUACCCACCUCCAGGUUCCUCUGGUGGUUGGCAUGACUAGUAACUGAGCCUUUGAUGUUCACAUAGCUUUGUGGUUUGGCAUCCUCUGGCAGAUGUAAUAUAACAAAGAUAACAAGAGAUGACCCAGAGGAUGCUUAAAAUGUUACUGUAGAGGUUUAACCAUGUGUUGGAACGGAUUAAGUAGGUUAUAGCGUUUGUCGUUCUCUGAGCUUCAGCGAUACCAAUUUCGUUUGCGCUUAAUGUAAAAAAAAAAGAACUUUUGUUUUGAAAUGGGAAUUUGUUUUCAUGAUAGUUGUGUGAACAGUGCUUGAGUAAUUAUAAUGUGGAUGCACCAUUUUAGUUAACUAAUUGUUUGCCUAU